AUGGUUCAACCAAAUACUGCCGAAUACUAUAAACCACCAGACCGAAUGUCACAACAACUUUGGUUAGAAGCACAAAAGAAUAAUCCAGAUAGAAAAACCCUUGUUCCUGCUUUGGUGGUUGGGUUUGAUGACAUCAAGAAAAGAAUAAGUAUACAAGAAGAUAUAGCAGGAAAAGCCAUAAAUAAAUUUAAGGAACUUGAAUCAGAAUUAGCAACAUUGGAACGAAUUCAUAAACAUGAUAAUUUAACAAAAAUUCAAGAUCGUAAACUAAAACAUUUAGAAUUAACCCAGCGUCUUAUAAAGUUGAUGAACUGUAUUCAAAUUUUAAGAAAUAAAGGUAAUAUGAUUACAGCCAAUGAAGAAUUAUUAAGAAAUCGCUUAGAAACGAUAAAAGAACACUAUACUAGAUUAUCCAACCAACUUGACAUAAUCAAGGCAAAUAAUUCAUUAAGAAAACCAUUAUGGAAUACAAAUGAACCAACAUUAGUUCAUAAAUUUAAUACUGUGGAUGAAAAUCAAAUGGAAAGCAUAAUUAAGGUGUUGGAUUCUGAACAACAAGGUAUAGAUCAUACUAUUAAUGUAUUGAAAAAAGAUUCUAGAGAUACUGAGUAUAUUAUAACAGAAAUGAAUAACAAAGGUGUCAAAAAGCAAUAA